AUGCGGUCGUUCACCCCUCUCAUUUUGAGCCUUCUGGGUGUCACUGCGGCGGCGUCCUCUGCUGCUGAUACCGAUUCGGCGACGUCCAACGUGAUCUCCCUGACCACGGAUACAUUCGACGACUUCGUCAAGGAGCACGAGUUGGUCCUGGCAGAGUUCUUUGCUCCAUGGUGUGGCCACUGCAAAGCAUUGGCUCCCAAGUAUGAAGAUGCUGCCACAGAGCUGAAGGACAAGAACAUCCCCCUGGUUAAGGUGGAUUGCACUGUCGAGGAGGAACUGUGCCGCACCUACGAGGUUGAUGGCUACCCAACUCUGAAGGUUUUCCGGGGUCCUGAGGCACACACCCCGUACGGAGGUGCUCGUCAGACUGACUCGAUUGUCUCGUACAUGACCAAGCAGUCAAUGCCCGCCGUUUCCAGCGUCUCAGAGGAGACUCUGGAGGAGUUUAAAACCCUGGAUAAGAUUGUCAUUGUCGGGUAUGUCGGCUCCGAUGACAAGACCUCGAACAAGAGUUUCACUUCCUUCGCCGAGGCCAACCGCGAUAACUUCAUGUUUGCCGCCUCUAAUGACGCCGCACUUGCCAAAGCUGAGGGUGCCAAGCAACCCUCUAUCGUACUCUACAAGGAUUUCGACGAGAAGAAGGACGUUUACGAUGGCAAGUUCGAUGAGGAGUCUAUCAUGCAGUGGGUGAAGACUGCCAGUACUCCUCUUGUUGGUGAGCUUGGUCCUGAGACUUACGCCAAGUAUAUGUCGGCCGGUAUUCCAUUGGCCUAUAUUUUCGCCGAGACCAAAGAGGAACGCGAUCAGUUCACUGAGGACUUCCGCCCGAUCGCUGCUAAGCACCGCGGAGAGAUCAACAUUGUUACCCUCGACGCUAAACUCUUUGGUGCUCACACCAGCAACCUCAACCUGGAGCCUGAGAUCUUCCCCGCUUUCGCCAUUCAGGAUACCACCAAAAACUCCAAGUACCCCUACGACCAGUCCAAGAAGAUUGACGCCAAGGAAGUUGGCAAGUUCAUAAAAGAUGUCAUUGAUGGCAAGGUUGAGCCCAGCAUCAAGUCUGAGCCUAUUCCCGAGACCCAGGAGGGUCCAGUCACUGUGGUCGUGGGCCGUAGCUACCAGGAGCUUGUCAUUGAUAACGACAAGGAUGUCUUGCUCGAGUUCUACGCUCCGUGGUGCGGUCACUGCAAGUCUCUUGCCCCCAAGUACGACGAGCUCGCCGCUCUGUAUGCCGAUGUUCCCGAAUUCAAGGAGAAGGUCGUCAUCGCUAAGAUUGAUGCCACCGCUAAUGACGUGCCUGACUCUAUCACUGGGUUCCCAACUAUCAAACUGUACCCGGCUGGCAAGAAGGACGAGCCAGUCGAGUAUGAGGGAUCUCGCACUGUCGAGGACCUGAUUACCUUCAUUAAGGAGAAUGGCAAGUACCAGAUUGACGGACUGGCUGAGGGUGCUAAGCUCGAACAGGGCGGUGAUGUGACCGCCCCUGCCUCCGCCUCUGAGAAGGCCUCUGAGACCCCAGCUCCAUCUGAGGAGAGCCACGAUGAGCUGUAA